AUGGCACCGACGGCUGCCGACGAUGAGCCCUUCCCUCCCUUGGCACCUCCAUCUGUGACGGAGCUGACGGAGGUUGGGCUUGCUCCUAGUGUGCUCUACGGAUGCUCCCGUAUCCUGGACGCAUUUGGUUUCGGUGUCCGUGGUGAUAACCGCUUGACUGGGCUCAUUCGACUGCGCACUGAGGCCUCGGCUCGCAGACUCUGGGGUGCCUUUGGGGCUUUAGCUGCAGGGCUCGUCUUCUUUGUCGACGUUGUCGGCGAGGACCACCGGACCCUCACUGCCAACUGGGCAAAGGACGAUCAGGUUGCCGUCCAGUGGCAUGAUUGGGAUAAACAGGAGAGCUUCGAGGAAUACCGUGCUCGGGUGCUCAAGCUCGCUUCGGGGGCGAUCCCUACCAACUACUGCAUCGCUGACGUCACUGCUCUGCUGGAGGACCUUGGGUUCUCCAAGGACAGACAGGCCAUGCUCCAGCAACAUGUGGCAUGGGGUGAGGGGCUUGCUUCCGAUCUGGUUAUAGUUCGCGAAAGUGCUCGACGCGGUCCAGCUCCUAGUGAGAGAUUUGAGCCCAUCUCUGACAAACGUACGGUCACUUUCGGGGACUUUGUGCUGCAACAGCGACCUUCCAGCAGGCAGUCCCGCAAAAACAAAUUGCGCCAGGAUCAUCCGCGAUCAGCUGUUCCUGUUGCGGGUGCUUUGGCCCCUGCUGCUGCAGGCACCGCAACUGACGAGCAGGCCUCUAAGGGUGUCAAGCGGCCAGGCCCGGAGGGUUCUGGCAAGAUGGCUGUUGAUGCUGAGGCCAAUGCUCCGUGGGCCCCUGUCGCGACACUGCUUGAUAACCCGGGGGCAGGGAAUUGCUUGUUUUAUGCCAUGGCCCAAGCGGGCUACGAGCACAAGACACCUGACCAGGUUACCCAUCGACAGAUGCGGAGGUACGCAGUCCAAUGUUUGGAGGCCCUGGAAACGGAGCUCGCGCCCAUAUGGAAGUGUGGGGGCGCUCUUAAUAGCUUGGGCAGGCAGUGCAGCCUGUCUUGGUCCGAGUACGUUCAGGAAAUCAGUACUGCGGCGAAUUGGGGAGGCACUCUCGAGGUUCUCGCUGUCAGCCGUGCCACGGGCUUCAGGGCCUGGAUCUUUGAAAUUAAGGAGGACCGGCUUAGCUUGCUUAAUUCUGCCGGCAAGGCGGGCUUUGUCCUCUUACAAUUCGACUCGGAGAAGCAGCACUGGCAGGCGUUCCGUGAUGCAGAUGAAUCCGCUCUUCUGGCUCAGCAUCGGGAGUCUGGUGAGAUGCUGUUUGAUGUUGCUGCUAGCCCGCUGCGGGGUGGCGUUGCCAAACCCUCGUUGUCGGCAUGCGCUUCUGUCUCCGAGGAUGCUUGCUCCCUGCCUGCCCGUCCUUUUGUCUGUGGCCGUGUUCAGGGUGGCGCGGGCGGUCCUCAUCGGCUUUCGGAGGGUGUGGGUCGUCCUCGACUCUGCCUCUCAGACUGCGCCUCCUUGGACGGUACUGCUACGGGACAAACCUUUCCUGUUGCUGUUGCGCGUGCUGCUCCGGCGGAUCGUCGGGUUACGCUUUCCGAGCGCGCUUCUGAGACCGCAUUCCCUGGUUGGCAGCCAUUUCAACGGACGGUUUACGAGCGGCUCUGCGAUGGCCUGUUCGAGCCUGCCUCUCUUCGAGACCUUCCCUCUGUCAAGGAUGUGGUUGCUGAGGCCUUUGUGGGACUGCAGCUUUCAGGCGCCGAGGCCAUCCACGUCAUUUCCUUCUUUGAGGUCGAAAUUGCGGAGCUCCAGCAGGCUCGGUUUGCCCGUGCCUGCGAUGGUGGCUGCUGGCUGUCACGCCUCUUGCUCAACGGCAGAGAUGGGAUCAUUACCGGAGGUGGCAUCCUGAUGUUCCGAGGCAGCAUGGCCGUUUCAUUGGUAGGCUGCUCCGGCUUCUUUCGAAAUGUCAUCAAGAACACGAAACAUUCGCAUCGACUUGCCAAAGAGCGCACUCUUGGGCUUGCGGGAUAUUCGGCCUUCACGUGGCCGCGCUUGGGCGUGAAGGUCGCUGCGAUAUGGGAGCAGUGUCGUGGCAGGGCUCAUGAGCAUGGUGUUGAUGACAAGACUUUGCGUGAGGUGGUGGAUAGUGCCAUCAUAUGCAACUCUGCUGUCUUUGAGCUGUGGGCUGCCGACCAGUACUCCAAGGUGCUGGUUACGUCCAUCCAUGAGACUGGCUUCGAGUGGGUAACCCUCGGCGAUUUCAACUUGGAUGUGGCUGUUGGGAUUCGCUUGGCGUCCACUUCCCUUGACUGGAUUGAGGACGCUCUGCUCACCUUUGUCAGCAGAAAGUGGUACGACUUGUUGCCUGUCACAAACGAGGUGCUCAGGGACUUAGGAUGGUGGACCAAUCAGGCUGGCACGCACCUUUUCCGUCGCGACUCGGUCGGUGCUCUUCGCCAGUUUCAGUUGGGCGUUGACAACAGAGAGGUCCUCUUUGAGUGGCUUCGCGAUGUGCAUCGUAGACUGCGGCUCGCCACUUGCAGUCGUGUUUGCAGGUCGCUUCAUCGUGAUCCACAGCCGGAUUUGGCGCAAGGUCUCGACUUGCCAGGGCCUCCUCCCGAGUCGUUGUGCCUCUUUCAAGGGCAUGUGAAGGCUUGGAAAAGUGCCCGCGACUCUGUGGACAGGGCUACUGCUUUGGCUGGUGGCUGCUCUUCGUGGUACAAGGUGAAGCGGGACUACACCAGUUCCCUUCCGGCCGCUUCGCAGAUUCGGUGCUUGUGUGGGCUGCGACAGCCGUCAAGGCCACACUUGAUGUGGGCGUGCCCACGCACGGCCGAGUUCCGAGCUAGCUUGGGGGACCCCCCCACGCGGCUUGAGGAGCGUCUUUUUGCUCGAAGUGUUCCUGAGACUCCGAGGCCUCCAGCGGUGGUGGACUACUCCGGCUACAUCGAGGACAUCGCUGAGGCCAUUGACUUCAGGUUGGCGCGUUCGCCGGGCUCUACGCUGGCUGUUGCCACCGACGGCAGCGUUGUCGACACCGUUGCCGCGUGGGCUUUGGCUUUCGACGACGAACAGACCUUCGCUCAAGGUUUUGCUUCUGAGGAUCAGAGCCCUCAUCGGGCUGAACUCGAAGGUCUUCUCGCUCUCUUUCGAGCCUUGGAGCUGUGCAAGUGCACUGGUGUUGUGCAUGUCAUCUGCGAUUGCCAGGCUGCACUUCUGGUUUCUGAGGGUGGUGGUCUCGAGCGCCUCAUGGCUGGCGCCUUCACUGCUGUUCUGAGGCGACUUCGGAGCCGCUUCGGAGUACAUUGCUGGUGGUGCCCGUCCCACGGCAAAGCUGCUCCUGCUACAUGGAAGUGUCCCCCAUGCGGAGAAAUUUACGCCAGACGCUUGAACGCCCUUGCUGAUGGUGCGGCUCGCAGUCAGGCCGGGCGUCUCGCUGCUGGUUCGGCCAGGCAGCGCUGCUUGGAGUCACGGAGGGCGGCGGCGUGCUGGGAGCGGGACUUUGGCAUCCUGCUGUCGCUGCUCUUUCAAGAACUCCCGAUUCCGAAGCCUCCAAAACAGGCCGCAGCAGAGGCCGCGGAACGUGGGGACCUCGACGAGGCCGUGGAGAAAGCUUCGGCGGCCAUUGCUUUGGGAUGUGCGUCCUCGCUGAUGUACUGCCGCCGUGCCGAACUCCUCCUCAGGACCCAGCGGCCACGUGCAGCUCUGCGGGAUUGUGAUGCCGCGCUUGCGGUGAACCCGGACUCGGGGAAGGCUUACAAGACCCGCGGGCGUGCUCACAUGCAGCUGGAAGACUGGACAAAGGUGCAGCCUGGUCUCUGUUCAUGCAAAGUGCAGAGUGCUGGAAGGCCUAAUGACAUUGCUAUGUAUGUAUGUGUGCAUGAAUGCAUAUAUGUGUGCAUGUACAUAGGUAUAUAUAUAUAUAUAUAUAUAUAUAUAUACAUACACACAAAAUACGCACAUACCUACAUACAUAUACAUAUACAUAUACAUAUACAUAUACAUAUACAUAUACAUAUACAUAUACAUAUACAUGUACAUAUACAUAUACAUAUACAUAUACAUAUACAUAUACAUAUCCAUAUCCAUAUCCAUAUGCAUAUGCAUAUGCAUAUGCAUAUGCAUGUACAUGUACAUGUACAUGUACAUCUACAUCUACAUCUACAUGUACAUGUACAUGUACAUGUACAUGUACAUAUACACAUACAUAUACAUAUAUACAUAUAUACAUAUAUACAUAUAUACAUAUAUACAUAUAUACAUAUAUACAUAUACAUAUAUACAUAUAUACAUAUACAUAUAUACAUAUAUACAUAUAUACAUAUAUACAUAUACAUAUACAUAUAUACAUAUACACAUAUACACAUAUACAUAUACAUAUACAUAUACAUAUACAUAUACGUAUACGUAUACGUAUACUUAUACGUAUACAUAUACAUAUACAUAUACAUAUACAUAUACAUAUACAUAUACAUACAUACAUACAUACAUACACUCAGAGGUCUUACAAAUGCACGCGCGCACGCGGACACCACGUGGACGCAGAUAGCGCUCCCGUGA